CAGGUGAAGCGGAAGUUGAACGUGACGUGGGGUCGUGGCGCGCGCUGCUCUCCCAUCCGCCGGCAGCAACGCAAAGAAAAUUUGACCGGUUGUUCCAGUUUCCAGGUGGUUUCGUCGCUGCUCAAAAUAAACGUCCUGUUUAUGUUACUGACCGGACUGACUACAUACAUCACGGGUGGUGCAUGUUGUGCGAAACAUGCGCAAUUUGCAGUUUUGAGGCAGCCAUGUUACAUUUUGGGAUGGUUGAACAACCCGAUCCCCUCCAACCUGAAGUCUGAGGUGAAGAAAGCUGCCAAGAUCCUCCGAGAGUUCACAGAGAUCUCCAACAGGAACGGACCGGACAAACUCAUCCCCGCUCAUGUGAUCGCGAAGGCAGAAGGUCUGGCCAUCAUCUCUGUCAUCAAGGCCGGCUUCAUGUUCACAGCGAGAGGAGGCAGCGGCAUAGUCAUCGCCAGGCUGGCCGACAGACGCUGGUCAGCACCUUCUGCCAUUGGCAUCGCUGGUCUGGGAGGAGGUUUUGAGAUCGGAGUCGAGGUGUCGGACCUGGUGAUCAUCCUGAACCAGCGCCGAGCCAUUGAGGCUUUCACGAAAGGUGGGAACCUGACGCUGGGCGGGAACUGCACGGUGGCGGUGGGGCCGGUCGGCAGGAGCGUGGAGGCUGACGUGGCUCUGCGCAGCACGGCGGCGGUCUUCACCUACUGCAAGUCCAGAGGUUUGUUUGCUGGAAUUUCUCUGGAGGGAUCGUACCUGAUCGAGCGCAAAGACACAAACCGCAAGUUCUACUGCCAGGAUAUCCGGGCAUCUGCUAUUUUAAAUGGUGACGUGGAGCCGCCGCCAACGUGCUACGACCUGUACCACAUCCUGGACAUCUACACCGAGGCCUACACCACCGACUGGACCAGCAAGAAUCUGCGACCAUUGGGUUCUUUUCCUCCUGCCAGACCACCACCCAUUCAGAGAGCCCCGCCCCCUCAGAGAGCCCCGCCCCCUCAGAAAGCUCAGACGUUUGACUCCGGUGCCAGUAAACCCGUCCUCUAUCCCAGUCUGUCCCUCUACAAACCCCAGACCUCAGGUGGCGCCAGUGGACUGCUAGUUGUCACGGCAACCCAUCCGUUCACAGGUCAGCAGCCCGGCGACCUGAGCUUCGUCCCCGGUGAUCGCAUCACCGUCAUCACCAAGACGGACUCGCAGUACGACUGGUGGGAGGGGCAACUGCCGGACGGACGGGUGGGCAUCUUCCCAGCCAACUUCAUCACGUACUGAGUGCUCCCUCUGGUGUUCAGAUGGAGAAACUACAGGAAGCCAGAAUGGUCAACACAAGAUUUAUUUGUAGGAUUUACUCAUUUUUAAUGCUUUACCUGAAAAUAAGUCAUAAACUUCAUCUAGACACAUAAAUGAAAAUCUAACUAAAAUCUAAAAUGGAUUUUUAAAUAUUUAAAAAGCAAAUGUAUAUUUUUACAUCUACACUUUAAAGACUGGUGUCACACUGAACGUAGUUUUUGAAGACUGUUCUUACACUUGGUGUUUAGAUUUUGGGUUCUGUGAUUUUUGAACAAAACGUUAAAUUAUUGAAGUGCACACAAAUCAAACUCUGCAUGUGACUAAAGUUAGACUUGUGAGGAAAUCUUUCACAAUUUAAAAUGUAUUGUUUUCUUAGUAUUUAACUUGUUACUGUUAAACUCUGUAAUGUCUUUGCUGCAAUAAAAGGAACAACUUUUA